CCUGCGGUUUUCUCCCGUUAUUUUGGAACCGUCUGAGCAGCAUUAAACAGUGCCUCUAGUACGAAAAUGGAUUCAUUCGCUUUGAUUUUCUGCUUCGCCUUAAUUCCAUUCGUAAGCAGCCUACAAACUGCUUCAACUGAAUGGGGAAUAGACUUGUGCCCAGAUCCUUUGGAGAUAGAUCCCUGUAUCUGUUCCACGGAAGACUACGACAUUAACUUCGACUGUUCAGGUGUCUUAACUGAAGAUCAAUUGAGAGAGAUCUUCGCCGACAGCUUUCCGGGCACCGAUGCCAGGAAGCUCACCAUCAAAGACAACAGCUUCCUGACGGUUUUACACGACGGAGUCUUUGGAAAGACGCAGUUCAUCGAGGUCCACAUAUCUGGAACAAACAUACACACCAUAGAAGCAGGAGCUUUCAGAGGCAGUUAUGACAGGGUCGUCAAGAUGGUCCUCAGCGACAAUAAGCUCAUUUCUUUCCCCUUUGGAGAAGUUGCGAACUUCACGAAGCUCGAGCAGUUAGAUUUGACUUCUAAUCUUAUAGAUAAUCUGCGCAAGAUAUCGUCCGACUCUCUGGAAGAUUUGUUUGUAGGUGCCAACAUGCUGACCAAUAUCCCCGCAAAUACUUUCAACAACACACCCCAACUAAAGAGAUUUAGGGCAGGGAGGAACACGAUUACUAGCAUAGAUGACCAGACUUUCAGUACAUUGCACUCUCUGCAGCAGGUAGAUUUGACUGCUAAUCAGAUAAAGAAGAUUGGAAGACACACCUUCAUUUUCAACGGAACGGUCACUUCUCUUUACCUAAGCUUCAAUUCCAUCAGCAGCUUAGGAGAAAAUGCAAUGAUGGGUGUAACUAAUAUGAUGAACAUAGAGUCCAACUCCUUGAAGACUUUCGAUGAAGGGGUUUGGCGACCAGUGCUUGAGGAUGGAGCUGUAGUUUCCAUUAAGAAUAAUCCCCUCCAAUGUGACUGCGACAUACGCUGGCUCAUUGUAGACGAUCAGUUUUUGAGUCAGAUUAUGAGUGGUGCUACUUGUCAAGAUGGAACUCUCAUUCAUGAAAUAGAUCCUGCUUAUUUUGAUUAUUGCAUUGCAACGACGGUAGCCCAAAACACCGAACACUAUGAUUUUGAUUAAUGGUUCAGAUAAGGCGAACACGGCAUCAUUUCAGGUUUGGUUUAUGAAUGGUCUGGAGGUGGUAAAAUAUAAUUGGUUAUAUGCAGAA